AUGGGCUCGAUGACAGGACCCGACCCAGAUUCUACUUUGGAAUCCGAGCCGAACCCUAUGCGUAUCCGACAUUUGGCGAGUGCCGGGCACAAUGACUCGAAAUUUCCAGCUUCUCUAUCCACUCUUUUGGGGGCUACACGAGAUGACAAGUUGUGUAGGCAAAACAACGGUGUCCAUGUCCCAAGUGGAGGCGAAAGUACGGACAUUGAUUUCUAUGGCAAAUUGACAACAGUUGUGCAAUUGCUUUACAAAGACCGAUUCCAAUUGAUCAUAUUUAAGUGUCAAUGGUUUGAUACAAACCCAAAUACACAGGAAGUGUUAAAAUCGACCAUGGCUUAG